AUGGCGGCUGCCGUCAAGUUCACCAUCGCCGCCGUCGUUCUAUCCAUCUUCGCGGGCUCUGGCGGCAGAAGAGCAGCCGCUGAAGCCGACGCUCGGGCGGCGGCGGCGGUGCCGGCCAUCAGCGAGCGCCUCCCCUUCGCGUUCUCGAACGUGGCGGCGGCCGAGGACGGGGAAGAAGAGGGAGGGUCGUUGGUGGACUGCUGGGGCGCGGUGGACGAGGUGCGGUCGCAGUGCGCGGAGGAGGCGGCGGUCUUCUUCCUCGACGGCGAGGCCUACCUCGGCCGCGCCUGCUGCCUCGCCGUCCGCGCCGUCGCGCGCCGCUGCGGCUGGCCGUUGUACGCGCUCGGCGCCGCCGUCGGGGUCACCGCCGACGAGGCCGGCGUGCUCCGCGGCUUCUGCGGCGGCGGCGGCGACGCUUCCCUGCCGGCCGCGCAUCCAAGACCAUGA